AUCAAUCCUUCUUCGUUCUUUGCUCUCACAGACAACAAUCUUUCUUUAUUGUUUUUAUUUUCUUCUUGAAAUCAAUCAAUCUCUCUCUCUCUCUCUCUUUCAGUCUUUCUCUCUUUUCCUGAUAAAAUGGAGGACGGGAGAGACACGGGAUCGGAUAAGCUGCUGCACCAUCACAAGGAGAAGCAUUUCAUGGCGGGAGAAGUCGUCAGAGAUGCUAUCAUCGGCAUAUCCGACGGCCUCACCGUCCCUUUUGCUCUCGCCGCCGGGCUCUCCGGUGCCAACGCUUCUUCUUCUGUCAUCCUUACAGCCGGUCUCGCUGAAGUCGCCGCUGGCGCCAUCUCCAUGGGACUUGGCGGGUAUCUUGCUGCCCAAAGUGAAGCUGAUCACUACAUGAGGGAGCUCAAGAGAGAACAAGAUGAAAUAAUCAAUGUGCCUGAUACAGAGGCAGCUGAGGUUGCAGAGAUAUUAGCGGAAUAUGGGCUUGAGCCACAUGAAUAUGGGCCGGUGGUGAACGCCCUCCGGAAGAAGCCUCAAGCAUGGCUUGAUUUCAUGAUGAAGUUUGAGCUUGGAUUGGAGAAGCCAGAGCCAAGGAGAGCACUGGAGAGUGCACUGACUAUCGCCAUCGCCUACAUAGCGGGCGGCCUAAUCCCGCUCAUCCCAUAUAUGUUCAUUCCAACUGCUAGAAACGCAGUCCUCACAUCUGUGGGCGUUACCUUAAUUGCAUUGCUACUCUUUGGCUACGGAAAGGGCCACUUCACAGGCAACGGGCCCAUUAGAAGUGCCUUCCAGACGGCCUUGAUCGGAGCCAUUGCUUCCGCCGCUGCUUUUGGCAUGGCCAAAGCUGUACAAGCGUAAUCAGGUGCCUAAUAAAGUGGCACUCUUGUACCUUACUUUGACCUCUUUAGUUUAUUUCUUUUCGUUGAUUGGCUUUGAUGUAUGUUCAUCUAGAUUCAUAGUAUAUUCUGUGAAUUAGAACCAUUUUCACUAGGCUUUAUAUAAAGUUCAUCAGAUCCAAUGCCCAGCAAUUAUUUAGCUCUGCUUUUCAAAA